GGUCCCACUCACGGGAGCAUGCUGGUAUUGUAGGUGAAAAACUCGAAGAAAACUCGAGUCUGACUGAAUAAUAAAAGAGCUAAUAGAGUUAAGAACGACGUCAAAAUGGGAGUUCCAGCAUUCUUUCGCUGGCUAAGCCGGAAGUACCCGAGCGUUAUUAUCGAGUGCAAUGAGAACAAGCAGGUGGACCCAGACACCGGUCGCAAUAUUUACGAAGACGCCACCCAGCCGAAUCCCAAUGGGAUAGAGUUCGACAACCUUUAUCUGGACAUGAACGGCAUCAUUCAUCCGUGUACGCAUCCGGAGGACAAGCCGGCGCCGAAGAACGAGGAUGAGAUGAUGGUUGCCAUCUUCGAAUGCAUCGACCGUCUGUUCGGCAUCGUACGUCCCAGGAAGCUGCUCUACAUGGCCAUCGAUGGGGUAGCCCCGCGGGCCAAGAUGAACCAGCAGCGGUCGCGUCGCUUCCGAGCGGCCAAGGAGACCACCGAGAAGCGGCUGGAGAUCGAGCGGAUCCGCGAGGAGCUGCUAAGCCGCGGUUGCAAGCUGCCCCCGGAGAAGGAAAAAGGAGAGCACUUCGACUCCAACUGCAUCACGCCAGGCACUCCGUUCAUGGACCGACUGAGCAAGUGCCUGCAUUACUAUGUCCACGAUCGGCUGAACAACAAUCCGGCGUGGAAGGGCAUCAAGGUAAUCCUGUCGGACGCCAAUGUGCCCGGCGAGGGCGAGCACAAGAUCAUGGAUUACAUCCGCAAGCAGCGCGCCCAGCCGGAUCACGAUCCCAACACGCAGCAUGUCCUGUGCGGAGCCGACGCCGAUCUCAUCAUGUUGGGUCUGGCGACCCACGAGCCAAACUUCACCAUCAUUCGCGAGGAAUUUCUGCCAAAUAAGCCGCGCCCUUGCGACAUCUGCAAUGGAUUUGGCCACGAGAUGGACAAGUGUGUGGGCCUGGGAGCCACGGCACCGACGGCCGCCAACUUCAAGCCAGAUGUUCCCAUCGGAGCCGAGGUGAAGUUCAUCUUUGUGCGGCUGAGCGUGCUGAGGGAGUAUCUGAAGCAGACGCUCGAGAUGCCCAAUCUGCCGUUUGAGUACAGCUUUGAACGCGCUCUCGACGACUGGGUGUUCAUGUGCUUCUUCGUGGGCAACGAUUUUCUGCCCCAUUUGCCCAGCCUGGAGAUCCGCGAGGGCGCAGUGGAUCGGCUCGUGGAGCUGUACAAGAAGUGCGUCUACAAGACGAGGGGCUAUCUCACCGACUCGGGUGACGUGAAUCUGGACAGGGUGCAGUUGAUUAUGACCGAUCUGGGCAACGCCGAGGACCAGAUCUUCAAGAGCCGGCAGCGACGCGAGCAGCAGUUCAAGGCCAGGGACAAGGCGCGCAAAAGGCAGGAAAGGAAUCAGGACCACAGAGCCCUCGACCAGUCGGCAUUUGGGGCCAGCGCCGUAGGCCCAAACAGCCAGCAAAAGAGCAUUGGCAACUACAAGGAGGAGGCCGCAGCCCUUCGCAACAGGAAACGAACGAGUGACCAGGCUAACUUGGAUGACGAAGAGGAGGAGGAGGACAACGACGAGGUGCGGCUGUGGGAGGAUGGUUUUAAGGACCGCUACUACGAGUCCAAGUUCGAUGUGGCGCCGGGAAACCAGCAGUUCCGCUACGCUGUGGCCUUACAGUACGUUCGCGGACUGUGCUGGGUGCUCAAGUACUACUACCAAGGAUGCGCCUCCUGGAACUGGUACUUCCCGUACCACUAUGCCCCAUUCGCUUCGGAUUUCGUUAACAUCCAGGGUCUUUCCACAAUGUUCGAGAAGGGCACGAAGCCGUUCAAUCCCCUGGAGCAACUGAUGGGCGUCUUCCCGGCAGCCAGUAGCUCACAUGUGCCCGAACCGUGGGCACAGCUCAUGUCCGAUCCGGAGUCACCGAUCAUUGACUUCUACCCGGAGGACUUCAAGAUUGAUCUGAACGGCAAGAAGUUCGCCUGGCAGGGAGUCGCCCUGUUGCCCUUCGUAGAUGAGAAGCGGCUCUUCAAGGCCUUGGUUCCCUAUUACGAUCAACUGACCGGCGAGGAGGUGAAGCGUAACAAGCGGGGCGACAACUACCUGUACAUCAGCAACAAGAGUCCGCACUUCAAGAAAGUCAAGAAAAUAAACGACAAAGAUGACGAGACUGAGUGCAAGGCCAUCUCCUUUGACGGGAUGCGGGGCACUUUGGGCAAAACAGAGCUAAACACUGCCAUCAGCGGCAUUUUGCGGUCGCCGAUCUCAGGGUUGUCGGAUAUCAGUGACAACACAACAGUGACGACGACGUUCCAGGACCCGGAGUAUGACGAAGACUACAUUUUCGAGGCAAAGCGGCUGGAGAACGCCGUGGAUCCGCCGCAGGUGCUGCCCAACGAGCAGACGGGUCAGAAGCAUCGCCCCGUCAUCGGAUUCAACAGCCAUUUGACCAGGGCCUAUGUACCGGACAGUGGGCAUCGCAUGUUGAACGCCGGAAUUAGAAACAAUCAGGGCGGAGGAGGAGGGCAAGGAGGGGGAGGCUACGGGCAGGGAGGUGGCUAUGGCCAGGGAGGCGGAAACCACGGACAGGGCUAUCAGAACAAUAGCCGCAACUAUAACUACAACUACAAUAACAACUACAACCAGCACCAGGGUGGCGGCUAUCAAGGCAACUAUAACAACCGACAGCAGUAUGGCCACAAUCAGAGAUACAACCAGGAUAAUUCGAACCAGCAGCGCAACUACAAUGGUCCAAGGAACAACAACUACCAGCAGCAGGGCGGCAACAGGCAACAGAACCAGAACUAUAGAAGAUUUUAGGUGGACCAUAGAUACAAAGUUACGCCUGUCAAAUCUAAAGUGUAUACUCCAGGUUCAUUUACAAUAUUUUUAAUUAAUGAAAAUAGUGUUUAAGGAUGUUCAGACAAACUGGUAGUAAGGUAUAAAAAGUUUAUACAACCGAUAGAUCAUGAAAUGUAGUAAAAGUCAACACAAGCAAUCGUAAAUAUCAACAAAAUCUUUUGUAUUUCCCAUCAACACAGCUUACAUUUAACAUCUAGUCUCAGUGCCUCAAUAAAAAGAAGUCAAAUUACAACGUUGAAAUAUAUUGACUGCGUGAGAAAACGAUUACCAAACUGGAAAAUAAGAAAAUAUAGUAGUUGUUAUUUUAUAUUCAACAAUUGCAUUGCAGAUAACGGAGAUAAAGAUCCAUUUUAACACAAAGAGAACAAAAGAGAAAUCCACAAGAAAACAAAAAUAUACAUCUAUGAUAUAUACGCAACAGGCACUAGCAGGAUUGGUAAGGUUUACCAAACUAAAUUUUGUAACGUUUAAGGUCAAAAUUCUGUUUUUCUAAUAAAUAAUUAGUUUUAAAAUGCCAAAACAUAAUUAUUUUUGUUUUUGUAACAACCCAAACCUUCAGUAAAAGACGAAUCCUGUUUAUCAAAUGGAAUAGCAUUCGAUAUAUUUAACGAAUGGAAUGUUAUAAUUUCGAUUUCCAUGUAACAUAAUAAAUAGUUUAAUUUCGAAAACAAUA